CACGUGCAAGAAAACAAGAGUGAUAACAUUCUCUCACAUUUUGUUGUUAAUAAUUAGGAAUAUUCUACAGAAACCUUAACCUGCGCAUCAUGUUCCGCCUGCAACAAGCUCAACCCGAUCCUGCCGAGGAGCAGAAGCGUGUGGCAUCCGAGGUUCGCUUCAGUUUCAUCAUUUUCGGCAGCCUCAUUGCCGCCAUCCGGCUGGCUCCUAUUGUACUGAAGCAGUUGAAUAAUGCCUAAACAGCAAACAAAACCAAAUGGCGCCACAACGAAGCAGCUGGCAUGCAGCCGCACUAUCAAUUUAUUGUUAUAAUCAUUUAAUUAUGAUGGAAUUGCAAGCCCUAAUACACAAUGCAUUUAUUUAAACGCACAGUGAU